AUGAAUUUUCCUUAUCAAAAUCCGGCUCCUCCGGUCACUGCCAACUAUCAAGGAGAACCAGAAAAAAUUGCCCAAGCGACUGAUAUGAUGAUUAAAAGAGUGACAGAUGCGAAGAAAAUGAUCGAGGAGCUUCUUCAGAUGCUUGAUUUACAAGAGAAAUGCCCAUGGCCUGACAUGCUAGAAAAGUUUUCCUCAUUAGCGUCUGCUAUGUCAAGCUUGCAAACAUCAGUGAGAAAGAGUGGUUUACCUCAUGGGCACGAAGAUUAUGGACAGUUUUUGAGAUCUCACGUUUUAGUCACACAGAGAUUACAAUAUGAAAAUGAUGAAGCUCUUAUGAGAGCAACACAGGGUCGUGUCUUUUCAUGGAAUCACGCUUUGGUGCCUGAAUAUUUGAGAACUAAACCGAAUCCGGAGAUGGAAAACGAAGAACAAAUGUUAGACGGAGAGAGAAGUGCAAAAGCAGCAGAUCUUGUCGUGAGGCAGAUUGUAGCUUACAACAAAAAUAUUGAGGGACUUCUGAACAAUCUGAUGAAUAUUGAUAGGCUGCAUAGUGAGGCAAUUAUUGAAAAGCCCACUCAUAACCGAGAAGAAACAACGAAGAUAGUCAAAUCAAUCCUGACAGGAGAAGGAAUUCGAACACAACGGGUUGUCGCACCUCCACCAUCUACCACUCCGAUGUCUGUGCCUCCUGGUAGCGCCGGAGGUAUUUCCACGCAAGCAGGAUCUCAAAUUAUGAACCAAACUCCUGGUAUGCAAGACUACCAGAGUUCUCAGCUUCGUCAACAGUUGAUGGGUUCUGGAGGUGGACCACAGCAAGCAUCUCAAUCUCAUAUGGGAUAUGGAAACGCUUAUCAGCCUCAGUAUCCUCUUCAGCAACAAAUGCAUCCACAACAUCCGAACCAGAUGCCUAUGAUGGCUCCCGGACAACUGAACAUGGGACACCAAAUGCAACAACGGCCGAUGCAUCAAAUGCCGAAUAUGACCAUUCAACGCCAAUGA